AUGAUAUUUGUGAGCCGGGAAGAUCGAAGUACCCUCAGCAACGCCAUUAAGCACUCGACUCUGAUGAAAGGACAUCGAAGAGGAAGCCUUGAAAACGAACUUGACAGUUUAAAAUUGUACGCGCUGUGUGAGCUGAGCACGGACUUCAUUCUCAUCUCGGUUCUAAUACGACAAACAUCUUUUGGAAAAGCCCAAAUUUUUUUAAUUCCAAAUCCUACUUCCGUAACCAGGCUAAUAACAAGAUGUGCAACCCGUGUAUUAGCUCUAUGCCCGGUACUUGCUGUGGACCGACAGGCGGACUGGGUCCUUGCAUGCUGUGCGGACCCUACAACGGCCAAUGGUUCCGAUCGAUCAACCACUGCUGCGGCCCCUGCGGACCAUACGGCUGUUGUUCUUGCUACGGACCCCACGGCGGUCACUGUUAGCCUGCUUAGAAGGAAAGUAGGAUUUAGCCAAGGAAGCCUAAAACAGGAAGUCGCUUCAGCAAUGGAGCCUCUUCUAGCGAGAGUCCCUAUAAAAUAGUACAAGUUCGAAAUGGAAACAAAACAUUUGUGCGAGCUAAUAUUAGCGUGGGAACCUUAAAGAUCUCCCGAUUUGAAAAACAAACACCAUAGUCGUUAAUAAAUUUAUACGUAUCAAUUAA